AGGAGGAAGUGGUCAGCAGCGCGGCGGCGCGAGCCGGCCAUGGUGCUGCCUCGGCCGCUACUUCCGACUGCGCGCAGGGCGGUCCUCGGAUCCGUGGAGGCUGCGCUCUCAGGUUUGAAGUUGAUAAAGGGAAGCUGCAGCAAUUUUUGUAUCGCUGUUUCAAAAGAUGUCACUUACAAGGAACUUAAAAACCUGCUGAAUUCCAAAAACAUUAUUUUAAUUGAUGUUAGAGAGAAAUGGGAAAUUCUUGAGUAUGGAAAAAUCCCUGGGUCUGUCAAUAUACCAUUGGAUGAGGUAAGUGAAGCUCUACAGAUGAACCCAAGAGACUUCAAAGAGAAGUACAAUGAAGUAAAGCCAUCCAAAUCUGACAAUAUAGUGUUUUCUUGUUUAGCUGGAGUGAGAAGCAAGACAGCUCUGGACACGGCAGUAUCUCUGGGAUUUAACAGUGCUCAACACUAUGCUGGAGGAUGGAAGGAAUGGGUAACCUGCGAAUUUUCUGAGAAGAAACAAGGAAAUUGAAUUUUGGAAUACAAGCUGGCUCUUUUCUUGUGUACAUGCAGCCUAGGAUAGUGGAAUGAGAAAAAGAAUAAAAAUCUAGUCCUGGCACCACUGGUUAAUGUAAGAGGAUUUUGUAUAAGUCAAUAAUUUGUUGAAUUUUUUUCUCAUCUGUAAAUUGAGAAUACCACUCCCCCCCCUGCCUACUUUCAAAGGCUACUGAGGAUUGAGAUAAUGCAACUUGCCAUGUAAAUAUAAGGGUUGGGAUUCUAGGAAUUAAUUUUUAAGUAGUUUAGUAUUGUUCAGUCAUAUUCCAGAAGGCCAGAUUACUUGUAUUACCUAAUCAUGUGUGACCAUUUGUUAGUAUAGCAUCUAUUCAUCAAAAGGCUAUAAGUUAGACCAGUAAACAAGCAGAUUUGAUCUUAAAAAAUCAAGAAUCUGAGAUCCAAAAGUAGGUGAAAUUUGAUUUUUUUUUUUUUUUUUUUAAUGAAAAGAGAGCAAGAAUGGAAGCAGGUGGAAUUUGAACAGUGAAAUACAUUAACAGCAUCCAAAGAGUUAUGGCAGUGUUAAGACCAGCAUGGUGGUGACAUAAUUUGCAGUCUACUUUUUUUUUUAUUUUUGGCGGCAGGGCAGUACAGGCAUUGAACCCUGGACCUUGGUAUUAUCAGCACCAUGCUCUAACUAACUGAGCUAACUGGCCAGCCCAUAAUUUAGAAUUUCAAAAAUUAAAAUUAAUAUGCUUAAUAUGAAGAUAGAAACCAGAACAGUGGUUGUUGUCCUGGAGGAAAGAAGAUUAACUGGAAAAGGCAAGGAGGGAACUUUCUAGGGUGAUGGUAAUAUCCUAUACCUUGAAUGAGGUAUUGGUACAUAGGUAUGUACAUUUGUCAAAACUCACUGGCACUUAAGUGUAUAUUUUCUGUAAUUAUACAUAUUAUACAUACAUAAACAUAAUAAAAAUAGAAAUGUGUCUAAAUGUAAA